AUGUCAGCACAGGAGAGAAAUGCGCACUUCGAGCCGUUCCAUAGCUUGUACGAGCCAGCAGCGUUUGGUGACUACGCUUCCUGGAUUUCCUACGCGGAUUUCCGAACCCAAGCAAACACCACGAUCGACGUGGUCUACAUGACUCCGAGAGAAGCCAAGAAUCAUCAUGGCAUCGACUGCCACGCAGGGCAAACAGUGGAGAUGCCCGAUGGAAGGAUGAGCAUCUUCGAAGAUGACUGGCGGUACUCGCGAAUCAAGUGCUUGGAAGCUCGUGACAUGAUGACACCCUUCUUGCAGAGUCGCGAGGAGGUCCUGGCAUUGAACACUCGCAACAAUCAGGAGCUCCCCGGCUAUCGAGUGGACCUGAUUCCUUUAGGAGAGUGUGGGAAGCAGUGGCCCUACGACAUGGCGUUCAACGCCACGCUGGUCGAUGCUGCCCGCAGUUUCAUUCGCGAAAGGCUGAUGCACGAUGGAAGCUUCAUCGCUGUGCACUGGAGACAUGGAACAAGCAUGCACAAGGAUGCGGAGAAGUUGGCUGACGAGGUGUUAUCCACGUUGGACAAGCACGGCCUUACUGUGCGAAGAGCCUUUCUAUCCACGAACUGCAAGGAUGCCGCAGAUCUCGAAGAGCUGACAAAGAAGUUGGGGAUGGAGAUUGUGCAGUUCAAGGACGCUUCGUUCGCUCCGUGGCAACGAGCCCUGAUCGACAUGAUCAUUGCCAGUGAGGCGCCGCUGUUCGUACCCUCGAGCUAUUCGAGCUCGUUUGCCAAGACGAUUCUGUUUCAUCGAGUUAAGGGCAAGCAGAAGAUCGACGAAGAUGUGCGUACCGCCUUGCUGAAUGUGGACAAUCGUCGAACAGCCUCGGUCCGAUCCCUUGCGAGAUGCGAUGUCGCCAUCAUCUCACGCUUUAGCUUCCACUCAAUCUUGGAGAAGUAUCCUUGGGAGAAACGGAAGUUUCAGCGAGAGAUGAAGCACAAGCUGAUGGAGCUAGGAAAGCUCAUCGACGUAAAGGAUGACAUCAACCUCGAGCAGCAGGCGACGCAAUGCGAUGCGUUGAAGCAGCUGCCCUUCUUCUCGGACAACAGCGAGUCCAUGCACGAGUUCGUUGCUGAGCUUGCGAUGAACACGUCAACUUACUGGUAUCAACCUGGGAAGGUGCUCUUGGAGGAAGGCGAUGUAAAUUGCGACGAGAUGUUCAUUCUUCUUCGUGGCGCAUGCGAGGUUUCGUCCUGUGGGCAGUUCUUGGGAAGGAUAGAGAACGACGUGAUCGGUGAGAUCGGCAUUCUCGAUCUGCUUGAACGACGAACAGCGACUGUCACGACUGCCACGGCGUGCCAGUGCAUGAAGCUGUCCCGGCAGGUGAUGGUUCCGAUACUGGCCAAGUAUCCAGAUGCCCGCCUGCGCCUGCUCGAGUUGGCGAGGACGCGUCUCACCGCGAUCAACGAGGCGAUGAAUGGACCGCAGGAUGGCCCGGAGAGGGGCACGGUCGCCGUUCAAGACCUUUGCGGACGCCUGCCUGGCUGUGCUAUCGGAUUCGGCCCGCACGUCCCGAAGACGCAUCAGUCGACAACCAACGCAGCCAGCCUAGGGCCUAGCUUGCUGACUCACUCUGUCAGAAUCCUGUUUUGGUGGACGUGGUGCCUUCUUCCCGCCAAGGGAUUCACCUCACCGGGUCCCAGCCGGCUAAGACUUGCCACUGCUUCCGCGUCAUCGCGAUCGCAGGUGCAGCUCCGAGCCCUUCCUGAAGUUCCAUCUGUUUCAGUACGCGAUCGGCUGCUAAUCUGGCAGCCACUGAUCGCAGCUGUGCUCAUUUUCGGCACUUAUGCCUUUAUCAUCUGGAAGUCGAACAGAGCCGCUGAUGCCCGAGACAGACGGAUGGAGAAAGAGCUCGAGCUUCGACGGCUCAGAGGCUUGCAGCUCGUCAGAGGAAACGCAGGUGAGGAUGAAGUCGAGGCUUGCGCAGCCGAGCUGGAACAGUUGAAGCUGGAGGAGAAAAGCGAAAGGGAGAUCAUCGGUUGGGGCGUCGCCUCGCCCACGUCGCGCAGGUAUUCCCUGGAGUUGUCAUCCUUGCCCCAGACUGAUGUGAGCCGUGAGUACUUGCUCAUGCAGCCGGCGAAAACCGAAAUCGAGACGGAGAGGUCAUCGGGAGGCUCUGAUGACUCUGAGUGGGUUGAGUCCCUGGCAGUGCUAAUCGGCACGGUUGAUGCGAGCCUGCUGGCCAUGAAUCCUAUGUUCCAGGAUGCACCGAUCCCUCUUGUCUACGCACUGAGCCAGCGCAUGGUGGACAAGAAGUUCGAGGAUGGAGAAGUCAUCUUGAAGGAUGGAGAGGUCUUCCAGCCCGGCCACGAUUUCGUGUAUUUCAUUCUCAAAGGCGAGGUCGAAAUUUGGAAGGAUGGCAACUUCAUUGUGCUGCUCAGAGAUGGGGAAACGUUCGGGGACCUGGCUGCGCUGCGAAAGCUAGCGGCGCGGCAGGCCACCGCGAAGGCGAAGGGCCAGGUGACCUGCAGAGCUGUCCUGGCAAGAUCCCUGCUUGAGGUUCUGGAGCAGCACCCAAGCGACCUGGUCAUGGAAAUUUGGGAAGAGAUCAUGGCAUUCAGGGAGUCGCAGAUGAAGCAGAAGGCAGAUUUACAGAAGCACUUGACGCACAAGACGGUGGAUAUUGACUUCAUGUUCUUCAAGCUGCCAGCUAUGUCAGUGAAGGUCUGGAUGGUUGUUGACGCUUCAAAGCUGCUUGCACAGACAAAUUAG